GUUUCAUCUUUCGGCCUUAGUUCCGUGUGAGAAGGCACGGUGAGUGACUGUAACUACAGCGCAGUCUACAAUACUAUAUUGUGGUGGUGGGGACACACCACGCAGCACGUGGAAGUAUUUACAACUGCUUUUUUCUGCAUCUCACCACUAAAAAUAGUUACCCGCGUUGUACAUCUCCAACUGUCACCGCUAGGUAUUAGUGCUACGUUUAUUUAUGUGACCCAUUCAAAGAUUGAUACAAAGUUCAUUGAUAGAAAAUAUUAAAUACCAGAUUUCUACACCCGCCGGAGCGAUUUAAAUGUGUUGAAUGAGGAGUCCCUUCGAUACGGAUCACCUGUGCUCGACUGUCUACCUGUAAUGGCGUCUCUGACUUUUUGGAUCAUCUGCCUGUUGUGUUUGGUUCUGGUGGGAUUUACCUGCUCUGAAGGAUUAUAUACCCUUCAACAUGCUGAUGUCUGUCAAAAUAGCGGCCGACAACUCCAGUGUACCGGAAGUGAAGUUCUUCGGAUCCAGGAUGUCCUCUGUCUACCGUCGAACUACACAUGUCCGGAACGCGACAAAAUCAUAAGGCUUUGUGACGGUCAGAGGUCAUGUGGAAGUAUAGGGCUUAAACAACAGCUUUUGGCAUAUUGCCAAAACGCCCCUUCCAGGACAGUGAUAAUAAGCUACAAAUGUAUUCAUAAGCAACCCCUUCCUCCAUGCCGAACGAACAUCUGUAGCCAAGAGAGCGAAGGACUUCAUUGCGGACACGGUAACCAACUCCAUAUCGUAAGAGCUCGUUGCAGCCAUGGACAAGAGGAAUGUCCGUGGAAUGUCUACCAGACACUGUACACGCUAUGUGAGGGCCGGAAGUCAUGCUACGCUUCUGGUCUGAGUCGACUGAUGCCCGGAAAUACAUGUACGGAUAACUUUGUUCAGACAGCUAACGUUUUUGUGGAUUAUAUCUGCGUUGAAGAGGAUAUAGCCGACGGUGUGUGUACCGGGAACGUACGAUCAAUGCCGAAAACAUUCGGAAUUAUCAAAAGUCCGGGUUUUCCUAACAACCCCGAUGGUAAUCCGAAUAGUUGUUAUUGGGCAAUAUAUCCAAAGCCUGGCAAAACAGUGGAAAUAGUAAUACAUCUCGCUUUUUCUCGCGAGUAUACGGAAACUUGUAAUGCACAAUUCUUGCAAGUGACAUACAGGGCGUGUGGAACGUACCGGAAGAUCACGGACACAUUCUGCAAGGCACAGGAAGUCAACAUCGAACGGAAGUCAUGUGGAACAGUCUAUAUUAGAAGUUCAUCCUAUUUGUCUGGUGAAGACAGGGGAAACAGGUUCCUGGUAUCUUAUCAAGUGAAGGAGAGAUAUGUUUCCGACCCGUCAUUUUCAAGUUAUAUGAAGCAGUGUCAUUCCGGCUUUGAAUUGGCAAACGUCACUUCCGCUGUACCAUACACCUCAGUAUCGGAAAAGUCACCGCCAGGAAAACGCUCAAGGCAGCUUGACAUAGUAAGAGAAUACUACGCCGCUUUGUAUAGAAACUCGAAGAGCCAGUCUGCGGAGGCUGGAAGAGGCAAUGCUACCACGGAUCAACAAACAUUCAAUGGAACCGGAAGUAAAAGCACAUUCCGUCCAUGGAGGUUUCUUACCAUUGUCAAGGUUGUCGUCAUAAACGUUUUCCUGUUCAUCAUCGCUGUUUCGCUUGUCAUAGCCAUCGUCUACGUUUGUUACAGGUACAGGCAGGUUGAUAAGGCCGGACGAUAUAACCUGGCUCCUCAGUCAGACACCGAUUCGGGAAGGCGGACCACCACGGACACACCAUUACAGACUUUCUCCGAGGACCUGGGAAUAACUCCUCCGCGCGGAAGUUCAAUGCAUUCUUUCUCAGCACGUGAACAGUCCCAAGUGUACGCCUCACUCACGGAAGAUCCAUACGCCACUGUGGGAGAUGACCCCGACUUGCCUACCAGUAGCUAUAGUAAUUCACAUCAGCAAACACGAGACAAUCAGAUGUCAAGUUUUCGGCCUAAACCUUCAAAUCCGUAUGCCUCAUACGACAGUUUGGAUUAUGAUAUUCCUGCAGAAAUUCACGAAACAAGCUCUCCAAAUCAUGUCCACAGUCCGUAUAUGAACGGUGUUGCUACACAUACUUCUCAUAACAGUCCCGCACACUUACAACAGCAAAGUUCGUUUCAUACUCCUGAUCACGUGACUCAAACAUAUCAGAACGCUGAUGAUGAUUUCCCGCCGCCACCAGAGAACCUUCAGCAAAUUGACGCCUCAGCUCAAGGAGCAUCGGUGCAGCAUUACACAAUAAAUGAUGACGAUUACGCAAUUGUGCAAAAACCUAGAAAAAAGACAUUAAAUAAUCCCGUGAAUGUUCGGGCAUCCCCGAGUAAUCAUCCACAACAGAGUGCCUCUCCAAGCAACUUCUCGCACACGAACGCAGACGUUGCUUACCAUCUUCCAAAGCAUGACUGCAUGCUCACGUGUAACGUACCGCCCUUCAGUCCUCCACACAGACAAAAUGGAAACACGCCUAAUUAUGAUCGGACAAACAGUGGCCCUAAUGCCUGGGAAGACGGUUUCUACUAGUGACGCCAUCUUUUGUGGGCAUGCGCAGACGUGCAAUAUGUAUAUAUGUGUUUGGAUGUGUGUGGCAAUAUAAACGUAUUUUAAUUAAUUUGACAUGACACAAAAUCCUUCUCGUCUGAAAAUGGCAGUCUCAAUUCUUACAAAGUUUUCUGUUUCGAAAGAUAAUUUUGCAAAAUAUUUAUUACUUUAUAUUAUACAUUCAAAAAAAGAAAAACUAAUUCAGCCAAUAGUACACAUGUCUAUGUUUACCAUUCCUAUCAAGAAGUGGUUUUAAAGUGGUAAUAUCCUGAUCAAGUCAGCAUGUGAUUUGUUCUUGUGAAACAGGACAACGAAGUCGAGAUGGAAUUGGCAUCUCAUAUCAAUCAUUGAUGGUACAUCAAUAGAAAUAUGAACAAUUUUAUCGAGCAAAAAAAAAAAAUAAUAACAAUCACGAUGUUAAUGUGUUUGAAAUAAUCAGUCCAUGGCCUGUACAACACAGUAUUUAAGCCAUACACUUAUGAUUUUAAUCAGAUUGACUUUGGAGUGGCGUCGGUAAAGCAGAAGACGCCUAUCCUUCCGGGAUACAUUGUCAUAGUUUUCUGUUACUGUUCAAACAGUCUUCACGUAUAUUGACAGCGUGUUCAUACUUAUACAAGGUUGUUGAUUUCUCAGUUAAACAUGAAUUUCGUUUAUACGUCAAAAUUAUCUGCUUUCAAGCAAUUUCUUUUUCUUGAUGUGUCCUUUCGGUACACUUUUAUUUAGUAGAAGCGUUUCCGAAGUGAAAAAUGCAAUGUCCAUGUUAUAUAACAACCCCCCAAAAAUGAAACGCUACAAUGUGUAAAAAUUACUUGAAGACGUUAAGUUCGAAUCUUAAUGAUGGUAUUUCAUUAUCAUGUACAUAUGUACUAUCAUUUGAUUUAAACAUAUUUUAUUGUAUCUUAAUAUAAACAUGGGAAUUGGGCACAAGUUAUCAAACUUAUAAUACUAUCAUGAUUUGGCCAUAAUAAUUUUCUACGUCACAGUUCCAUCUAAAUGAAUAUUGACGUCAUGGAUUCAAUAGAAGGGGUAUAUUUUUAAGCAGUGUUAUGCGAAUACGUAUUUUUUCGAGUGAGUGCGUGUUGUAUUGUCCAUGGUUGUAAAUCAAUAAAAACAUAGUCAGAUCCAGGUAUUGUAGAAUAUUUCUAUGAUAUAGAUUUUUAUUUCACAAGAAAUACCUUACCAUCUAACUCCAGAAUAAUGGUAUAGAAAAUAAACAGGAUUGUUAUAUCAGAAUACUAACAUUGUCGCAUUAAUCCAUAUUAAAGUUUGCACAUCCUUUUGCCAAACAAUCUUUUACACUCGUUUCAUAGGUCUCAUGUAGUUUAAACGGUGAUAUUUAUUAACGUCAUAACACUGUCGCUAUAGUCACGUUAACUAGACCUCGCCAGUAGUAUAGACAUCAAUCUCAAUGGCGAGUCAUUGUCCUUGUUAUAUUAAAAGUGUGCAACCCUUGUUUAAAUGGAUCACUAGUUCGUAAUCAUAAUUCUGACUAGUUGAGUUGUGUUACGUGACGUAUGUUACCUUCAUUCUGAGUGGCUGAAUCUCACGACGCUGUAUGUGGCAAUGACGAAUCAUCGUUCUUGUUGUAUGAUAAAUGUGUAAUACUCAUUCUGAUUAGCUGAUUUAUGUUAUAUAAUUUUUUGUAUCUCUCAUUCUGAUUGGCUGAUUCGUUUUAUAUGAUUUUUUGUAACUCUCAUUCUGAUUGGCUAAUUCGUUUUAUAUGAUUUUUACGUAACUCUCAUUCUGAUUGGUUGAUUAUCACUUAAGGAAUUGUUUACGAUGUUAUAUUGACCCCUUCCCCAAAUGACCUCGAAUGUAUAUGAAAUGUGUAGUAAUUACGUUAAUUAUGUUAUUACAAUGUUCACGCAACGAAUGCUUAUAUAACUAAAAUUCGCUGCCAAUGUCAAAUAUUGAUUUGAUAGUCAUGUGCCUGAACAUUUGUGGAAAUAGCCAAAUUGGGAAGACUUCUAUCAAAAAGAGCUGCAACUGUACAGCGGGAGAAAUGUUACCUGUUAAAAUUUCAGAUUUAUGACACAAGAGUUAAUUCUUUUGUAUAACUUCAUCUCUUAAUGAUUUGUAUUUAAUGUGUUUGGUUAAAGUAAAUCCAUGUUACUGUAUACUAAUUGUUUGCCAGUAAUUAUUCAGUUUUCUAGGAGAACAUACAUGUUCUAGGUUCAUAAAGGUGGGUAUUGUAAGAAAAAACAGAGUAUAAAACAUGUCUGCUUCAUAAAUUGUGGCUCUUUAAUUAAGGACACAGUUAGUGAACGCAUAAUAGGCCUGCAAAAUAAUUAAUCAUUUAAGGUCUAACAGGCCUUUUGGGCCUUUCAAUACCUAAACUCUUCUGUAUACAAUAGAUUCUUGGUCAGGACACACAAUAGCACUGUAGUACAAUGUUUGGGCUAUAUUACGCUAAAUAUGCUACAGAUGAUCCGGCAAAAGAUGAAUUAUGAUCGAUUGAAAUCAAAGUUGUACUUUUUUUUAUACCAUACCAAAAUAAACUAUGUUUUAAACUAUUACAUCCUCUAAAAGUUAAGCUUCUUAUAUCUUUUACAUUUUAAGUUAAUAGAUAAUUAAAUGCAUGCCUAAAACAUAUUUUAUAUGGGGUGUUAUUAGAGAUUUUUUUUUUUUUUUUUUCCUUUUUCCUUUUUUGUUUGCAAAUGAGAUAUAUUUCUAUAUCGUAGGUGCUAUGUUAUUCAUUUUUUGUGAGAAGCCGUGUAUACGGCGAUGUGGGAUCAUUAUCACAGAUUGACAGGGGAUACCCUAUUUAUCAUCAUGAUAAAUAAAUAAUAUUUCAUCGUUUAUGUGUUUUUAUUAAUUAAUCAGGUAAUGUAUUAUAUACCGAAAAUGAAAGUAAAAAGCAGAUAAUAGUGUGAUCAGGAAUCAACAGAUACUCGAAUAUUAAAAUACUAUAACAAAGGAAAUAUAGGGCGCCUGUGGAUUAUGUUUGUAGCGAAGCUUAUAAGACUGAUAGAUUGUUGUGUUAUGUAUAUUUUAUAAUUAGACCUUUUUAUGACAUUGGACAAUUAUACUUUAUUUUGUCAUUAUAUUUUGGGUAAAUUCAGGGAUAUAUACAUAUAUAAUAAAUCACUAGGUUUAGAGGUUGUCGUAAGGGGAAUAACUCUAUAUUUAUCUUCAUUCUUUCCAAUAAAUGUGUCUGUAAUUUCUCUAAGAAGUAGAUACAUGUACAUUUGUAUGUAUAUCAUGGACCACCCGCGAAUGAUUUUCAGCAUUUAUGAUAAACAGCUUUACGUUAUUUUUUUGUUGAUAUAUGUCUUCAUAUAUGUUUAUCCCUCUGAAUUAUUAAUAUCAUAUUAUUUAACAUUGGACUAUAUUUUAAUAGUUUUUCUCUCAUCUCGAUAUUUAAUGGCAUAUUAAAGAAAAAGGUAAACAGCAAUACAAUACAUCCUAACAUUAUGACAUCUCAAUUACUGGAAAAGUUGUAAUUUUCUAUGGUUCGUAUUUUCGCGGUUUUAUCAUUUGGAAGCAAAGAAAUAAUGUUUGUGUAAACUGUGAAACUGACUUGCAUUUUUUCCUUGAAUAUUCUAAAUGUAUCUGUUUUUAGGUAUGUUAUUUUAUCUGAACAAAACGAGAAGAUGAAACCCUUCGAAAAUUGCAAUUUUUACAGUAUUUAUGUCAUGAUAUUUUCGUCAUAAAAAUAGGUGAGAAUGAGAGAUAUGUCCACGUUUGAGUGACACUUAUUUUAUCAACAUUGGUACAUGUAUGUGUUAUGAAAAGGUGUUUUUGACAAUAUUCUGCUUGAGUUUAGAGUUGAAAAGGCGUGUAUCCCCGAGUUCAUUUUGCUUGUGUUAUUUACCAGUUGAGAUAUGAAAGAAAAUAAAAGUUGUCACUCAU